GCGAAAUACACCCUCAAAACAUUCAACGUUGUCAAACCCCUCUGUUUACCAAUACAGGAAAUAACGGGAAGAAUCACGAGGUCGAUGUCCUUAAAGACUCUACCCCAGGAUUUAGCGCUCAUGUCCGAAAACAGAGAACAGCGGAAGAGAGUCCAGAACCGGAUGAACCAGAGAGCCUAUAGGAGACGAAAAGCUGCAGCUGAAUCUCAGAGCCCAGAUUCAAAGCCGUUUCGGGUUGUUCGAUUUCGACUCGAAAGUGGCGCUUUUGAGCCUGAAGUGGAGAAUAACCUUUCGUCGAAAACAUUGCUACGUACACAUUCAUUUUCUCCACGAGUUGUUGUCGGCAAUCCAGCACGAUUGACAAAAAAACCACAAGAAGUGGGGAUAAUUGAGCUUCCUCUGUCGUCUGAUCAUCUGCUUCAUCUCAUUCAGCACACCAUACUCCGUGCCCUUUUUACCAACAAAGAUCUCUUGCGAGCAACUGCAACGUUUACAAGAGCAGACUCUCAUGUGAUUAUAAAUAAACUUAGCAGCAACUUAUGUGGUGCUUACACGACGAUUCUUCCGGGUAACAGCAAAAUUCCAGAGCACCUUAUCCCGACAGAAUUACAAAUGACCCGUCCCCAUUCUUCCUGGAUCGAUAUGUUCCCCUUCAAGAGAUUCCGAGAUAAUCUGAUCAUGUAUGAAGAGCACUUUGAUCACGAAGAGAUGUUUAAAGAUCUCUUCGGGGACUUAGUGAGCAAUUUCAUGCCUAGUUCAAGCUGCUCAUAUGUUUCUCAUCUAGGGUCUGGCAAUUUAGCCUCACCGAGAGUUGAUGAAGUUCCAAUAACUGCGAACCGAAAAGGAUUAAUCACAUGGGGAGAGCCAUAUCUCACGCAAAGCUGGGAAGUGACGCCGGGGUUUAUUGCAAAGUGGACUUGGGCUCUGAAAGGGGUCGAUGAAUUAAUUGAAAGUAGUAAUCAUUGGAGAAUACUGAGAGGCGAAGAUCCAAUACGAGUCUCUUUCUUAUAACAAAUUCGAAGAAUUAAUGUUACGGGAGCUGCCUCUAAGGUUAUUCGAAGGUGUUCAGAGAUAUUUUGAGAUGGUUUAAAUCAGACUUCAAAUAGGAAUUCAAUAAGGUUGUAGUUGAUUGUAAUUCUGGUAAUUAUACUAAGAAAACUGUCAAAAUUACAUACUAAAGCAAGUCAAUAAAGGUUAACUAACCAGAACAAUAAAGCUA